UUACGGCAAACCAGUCUGUGCGACAUUGCGAGCGAGAACAGUUGGGCGGCAUCAUGUUCCUAAUAGCCAUCGCCAUCAUUUUGGCCACCAUUUUGGUGUUCAAGGGAGUGAGGAUAUUCAACUACAUAGACCACAUGGCUGGCAUCAUGGAGAUGAUACCAGGACCCACGCCAUACCCCUUCGUGGGUAACCUGUUCCAGUUCGGUCUCAAGCCAGCCGAAUACCCCAAAAAGGUCCUGCAAUAUUGUCGGAAAUAUGACUUCCAGGGAUUCCGCUCCCUGGUCUUCCUGCAGUACCACAUGAUGCUGAGUGACCCGGCUGAAAUUCAGAACAUCCUGUCGAGCUCAUCGCUGCUGUACAAGGAGCACUUGUACUCCUUUCUGAGGCCCUGGCUGGGCGAUGGCCUCCUCACCAGUUCCGGUGCCCGCUGGCUGAAGCACCAGAAGCUUUACGUCCCCGCCUUCGAGCGCUCGGCCAUCGAGGGUUACCUGCGAGUGGUCCACCGGACGGGAGGACAGUUCGUCCAGAAACUCGACGGACUGUCGGAUACACAGGAAGUCUUCGAUGCCCAGGAGCUGGUGGCUAAGUGUACCCUGGAUAUUGUGUGUGAAAACGCCACUGGCCAGGACAGCAGCUCGCUGAAUGGAGAGCCCUCGGAUUUGCAUGGUGCCAUCAAGGACUUAUGCGAUGUGGUCCAGGAACGCACCUUCAGCAUCGUGAAGCGGUUCGACGCCCUCUUCCGCCUCACCUCCUACUACAUGAAGCAGCGCCGGGCUCUGUCGCUCCUGCGCAGCGAACUGAAUCGGAUUAUCUCGCAACGGCGACACCAGUUGGCUGCGGAAAACACGUGCCAGCAGGGCCAGCCAAUCAACAAACCCUUCCUGGACGUCCUGCUGACCGCCAAGCUCGAUGGGCGAGCCCUCAAGGAGCGCGAGAUUAUCGAGGAAAUGUCCACAUUUAUAUUUACGGGUCACGAUCCCAUUGCCGCCGCCAUAUCAUUCACGCUGUACACCCUUUCCCGUCACUCGGAGAUUCAGCAAAAGGCUGCCGAGGAACAGCGGCGCAUCUUUGGUGAGAACUUCGCGGGGGAGGCGGACUUGGCUCGGCUGGAUCAGAUGCAUUAUCUAGAGCUGGUUAUUAGGGAGACCCUGCGCUUGUACCCAUCUGUCCCACUGAUUGCUCGAACGAACCGCAAGCCCAUCGAUAUCAAUGGCACCAAGGUGGCCAAGCGGACCACGGUGAUCAUGUGCCUCAUUGCCAUGGGCUACAACGAAAAGUACUUCGACGAACCCUGCACAUUCCGGCCAGAGAGGUUCGAGAACCCAACUGGAAACGUGGGCAUCGAGGCUUUCAAGAGCGUUCCAUUUAGUGCAGGUCCAAGGCGCUGUAUUGCCGAGAAGUUCGCCAUGUACCAGAUGAAGGCUCUGCUCUCCCAGUUGCUGCGCCGCUUCGAAAUUCUGCCUGCCGUGGAUGGACUUCCUCCGGGAAUCAACGACCAUUCCCGCGAGGAUUGUGUCCCACAGAGCGAGUACGAUCCAGUGUUGAAUAUUCGUGUCACGCUUAAGUCGGAAAAUGGUAUCCAGAUUAGGCUUAGAAAGCGAUGAAUUAACAUUAAAGCAACCUAUAAAUUGAUUGUAUUCAUUUAAACAAAAUAAAAUACAUUUUUACUUUUACUCUUUAUACGAA